UAUAAUGUAUGUCAGAUAUAUUGCAAACCUUGCGAAUCUCUUAUUGACAGAUAUCCAGUAACACAGAGGUCACACAAUGUUUCAGAUUUCUGUGGUCCAGAUGUCUCGUUCAGAUGUGCUUUCUCUCUACAGGAGGGUCCUGCGCAUCGCACGCAGCUGGAAAGCGCAGUCUGCUCUUCCACAUGACACUGACACUGAGAGGAAAUAUAUCGCUCAGGAGGCUCGAACCCUUUUCAGACAGAACCAGCACAUAACAGAGCCAGAAUCAAUCAAGAGAUGCAUUGAAGAGUGUGAAGCUCGGAUAGAGAUAGGACUGCAUUAUAGGAACCCUUAUCCUAGACCAACAUAUCUUCCUCCCAUGGGUCUGGCCACUCAGAAAGGCCGAAAGCUGCGAGCUCAGCAGAGACUGAGGAAACAAGCCAAACCGGUGUACCUGCAGUCUCACGAUGAGACCUGACACACACAGACUGUACAGACGCCACUGCACUGAUCUUAAAGUGUUCAAAAACACCCAGGAACAUUAUAAAGUCAUGUUAUUUCUAGCUAAAAUGACAGCAUUAUGAAACUGAUCAUAGUGAAGUUACUCUCACUGCCAGUGUAAAGCAUGAUGAAUGUUAAAGAGACAGUUCAUCAUUUACUCUCAUGUUGUUCCAAACCUGUAUGAGUUUCUUUCUUCUGUUAUUUUGAGGAAUGUGGCUAACCAAAGAGCUGUUGAUCCCCAGACCAGACAGUCAUAUAGGUUUGGAACAACAUGAGGACGAGUAAAUGAUGACAGAAUUAAAAUUUUUGGGUGA